GUUGUUUGGGAAAUGACAGGGGCUUACGUCAAGCUCGGAAACAUAGAGGAAUUGAUUUUUUUAUUCAAUGAUUAAACUCAUUAUUCGAUGAGAAAAACUGUAAUUUAUUUUAAGAAUUAAAUAUUUCUUUCCAUUUUCCAAAAACUAAGCAGCAAUGACAGAAAGACCUCUAAAGGAAGGGCAGCGUGUGGAGGUAACGGGUAAAGAUGUGAAAGGUGUGGUUGCAUACGUCGGAACAACCCUUUUUUCUAGUGGAAAGUGGAUUGGUGUAAUACUGGAUGAACCCAAAGGAAAGAACAAUGGUACUGUGCAAGGCAGAACGUAUUUCCAGUGCAAGGACAACCAUGGCAUGUUUGUGCGGCAGUCGCAGCUUACACUUCUGGAUGAAAGUGGAGCACCAGUCAAAGAUUAUGGGAGUACAUCAAGUACAUCUACUGCAACAACACCAGAUGAUAAUGCAAAGUCACGUCCGAGACUCAGCAGUGUCAAAAGGAAAACAGAACCUACUGCUGUUCGGCGAAAAUCUUCUCCUGCUCAGGCUCCUCGAACUCGUUCCGAUAAGUCGAGUUCUCGCCUGUCCUUGGCGAGUUCUCGCAGUCAGAGUGAAUUUGCUAAAGAAGACUCUCCAUCGAGCUCUGGCAAGGACACAGGGACGCCAUCUGCAUCAGAACCUACUUCAAAGAGGGCAUCAUUUAUUGAGAAACCUACUGCAUCUUCCAAACAGGGCGUCACAAGCCCAGAAUCUGUACCUUUGAAGCAGAGUUCUCAAAGACCUCGAAGCUUGGCAGGGAGUAGCAUUGGGGAGGAUCAAACUGGUUUUGUAGAGACUUUAAAACCGCAAUACACGCCAGGUCCAGCAAUGAUUUCACCUGGGGCAAUGAGCUCAUCCAUUGGAACGGUUGAGGAACGUUUAACAAAUUUGCAACAGCAGCAGGAAAUUGACAAUUUGCAAACAGAAGUACGUGAUCUGCAGGAGAAGCUGGAGACUUUGAAACUUAAACGUCUGCAAGAUGCAGAGAAAUUGAAGGAACAUGAGAAAGUAAAACUUCAGUUAGAGCAAUUACUGGAAUUCAAGGCUCGUAUCAUGGAAUCCCAGGCAAUGCUGCAGAGGGACUUGCAAAGAGCCAAACAGGAAGCUCGAGAAGCUAUUGAGGCCAGAGAAGCUCAUGCAGAAGAGAUGGCUGAUCUUGCUGAAACUGUUGAAAUGGCUACUCUUGACAAAGAGAUGGCUGAGGAAAAGGCUGAAACUCUACAGUUGGAACUGGAACAGGCAAAAGAAAAGAUAGAAGAAAUGACACUGGAUCUGGAAAUCCUAAAGGCUGAGAUGUCAGAGAGAUCUGGUGGUGAAGAGGGUGGCAAGUCCUCUUAUGAAGUGAAACAGCUGGAACAGCAGAAUCUGAGGCUUAGGGAAACACUUGUCAGGAUGCGUGAUCUGUCUGCCCAUGAAAAACAUGAAUUUCAAAAGCUGCAGAAAGAAUUUGAGCAAAAGAAAUCAGAAGUCGCAGAAUUAGCUCGUACCAAAGAAAAGUUGAGUUCCAGAAUAGAAGAAAUGGAAAAUCAAGUUGCAGAUCUUCAAGAGCAGGUGGAUGCAGCACUGGGGGCAGAGGAAAUGGUGCAACAGCUUGUAGAUGCAAAGAUGAAUCUCGAAGAAAAGGUAAAGGAACUACAGGAAGCAGUUGCUGACUUGGAAGAGUUACAGGACAUGAAUGAACAAUUGCAAGAAAACAGCAGGGAAGUGGAAGUAGAACUGAGAGAAGAACUGGACUUAGCUCGUGGUGCAACUCGAGAGGCCAUUCGAGAAAAAGAGGCUGCAUUUGAAACAAUUGCUGAUCGUGAACAAACAAUAAUUAAAUUCAGGGAACUUGUAAAACGACAGCAUGAACAGUGCGUGGAAUUACAACAAAGACUGGAACGUGAAUCCAGCAAACCUGUAACAGCAAUGCCGGAAAUUCUUGACUUUAAGAAAAUGUUUACAGAGACAAAAGCUCAUACGAAAGCAAUUGAUCUGGAACUUCGUCAGAUGGAUGUUCAACAGUCAAGUCAGCAUGUCAAAUAUCUCGCUGCAUACAUGCCCGAUACAUUCAUGAAUCGAGGAGGUGAUCAUGAUGCAGUUUUAGUGCUACUGCUUGUCCCACGUAUGCUUUGGAAGGCAGAUAUAUUACUAUCUCAAGUUCGUGACAAAUUUCCAAAUGUGGAAAAGAUUGAUCGAGCAGCUAUCCUAAAAGGUCACACUGUUGAACAGUUUUCCUUCAAAUCAAGAUUCAGCCACUUCGUGCAUUCACUCCAGAUGAUACUUCAUCAGUUCACAUACAGUCUCAAUGCGUGCUCUCCAGAAACAUUCCUGAAAGUAGGAACAGCAUAUCCUGAAAUGGCUGCACAAGAAAAAGCAGUAGAUGCAUUUGUUGAUCUCUUACGUCGAGAUCAGUUGGAUGAAAAUGUCAUGCUUGAUGCUCUUGAGAAAUGUGUAACAUUCUUCAGCACAAUGUUCCCUGUGCUCUUGGGGGAUGAGAUGAAAAGUAACCAGACAAAUCUCCUAGCCGAUGCUGGCAAAGCCUUAUCAAGUGCCUGUGAUGCAAUUCUGACAGAUGCCACUUCAAUAAAAGCUCUUAUGGAGAGUGGACAAGAAACAGGAGAAAUGAAUCUUUUGUUGCAACACCUGAUUUCAACAUCUGAGAAUGUGCUGCAACUUUUGAAACAGAUUAGGCGACGCUUACCACAGGAUCAUGCUUUGUCAAAACUAGGCUUCUCAGAUGAAAUUGCUGUUACUCUCAUGCACUGUUGUCAGCACGCAACACGUAUCUGCAAGGUUUUGCAGCAGGUGCUGAAGGGUGCAAUUCAGCAAAUAGCCAUCAGUGGAGAACCUGAUUCUGGUGUCCCACAUGAAAAAAUAAGAGAGUUUGCAUAUGUUGCAAUUGAUUCCAUUUAUGAAGAUGAUCGGGGGCCAAUUGAGAGUAUGAAGGCAUCUAUGGGACUAAUAUCAGGAGAAGUAGCAAAACUGAAUAAAGUUCUGCAGGACAAUGAGUAUGAGCUUGCAGUAAGUUCUGGGGCAGAAGAAAAGCCUGUCCCACCUAUUGUACUGAGGGCACAAGCAAUAAAAAAAGAACUAGAGGAAACUAAAAAUCUCAAGCAAAAACUAGAGGCUAGAGAAGCAGAUAUAAAAGAACUGAAGAAAGCACUAAAACUGAAACAAGAGGAAUUUAGUGAAAUGAGUGUUCGAAAAGAAUUUGCAGAGAAGAAAUUAGGAAAUUCUUCCAAAGAAUAUGAAAUGACAAUUGAAAAGCUGCAGAGAAAAUUAGAUGAUUUUCAACAACUUCUGAAACGAAAGGAGAAGGAACAUGAAGCAUCAAUGGACCAUUUACAAGCAGAUAUAGAUUCACUAGAGACUGAACGGCGUGAAUUAAAAGACAAAUUGAAGAGCUUGAACAAGAAAGCUAUUAAUGAGGGAUUUCCAAGGAAAACAGCAGUUGCAACUCAAGAACACUCACUCAUGGGUCCUAUUAGCAUCAUAUCAAGUGCUGGAGCUGGUGGGAACGAGUUACUUCUUCAGGAACAGAUUCAGAGUCUUCGCCGUGCCUUGUCAGUUGCCUUAGAAGAGAAGUGGAAGCUAGAAGCAGCCAUUAAAUAUAAGCGCUUUUUGGACAUGAAGCCUCUCAAGGUGCCUAAGAGGGUAACAACAGCUAGCCUUAUGGACAAGGUGAGAGAGAAAGAAGCAGAUAAUUGGUCACUGAAGACAGCAGAAUCAAUACUUAAAAAGGCAGUUGAGCUGCAAAAGGAGAUAUAUACUGCUUUAGCGACACCAAAAGUAGUGGAUAUCAGUAAAAGAUUUCCAGGCAGCAAAGAAUGGUUGGAUCAUAAUGCUCCUGCUAAACAUUUGGCAAAUGAAGCUGCCCGUUUGAAACAUCUUCGUGCAAAAGUCGCACAGUUGGAGUCUGAAGCUGCAAAGUUCCUUGUGAAGCGUAAGACAGGUGGCAAAAUAGAAGCAGAUUUCGCGGUGUUUCCAACAGUUGAAAUGAAGAAAGCUCUCGAGGAGACGCAGCCAGUAGUAAUUGGAAAACUGAAACUACCCAGAGACAAACAGCUUGAUACAGAUGUCCCAGAUAAGAUCUCACUUUUCUUAAGUGAUGAUCAAUUGAAGCUUCUGCACAAGAAGUUGCUAAUUCCAUUAGGUGUUUGUUAGUGCACUAAGCGCAAAGUACUUACAUGGAAGUAAACUGAGCUUUAUUGCUUUCUGUAAAUAAGAUUUUUAAAUUGAUUGUGGCCUCUAUCAAUUUAAUAACUUAACUUAUUUAUUUAAACUAGCGUUUAUUGCAAAAGUUCAACAAGUGGAAGUAUAAAGUAUGAAACUUUAUUGAAAAUAGAUUAAUCUAUUAAAGUGAGUUGUGACAAGGUUACCAGAAAACUCAGGAGUACUGCAUUUCAGUAGUAGAAUGAGAGAACAUGUUGCGGGAAGUUGGCAGGUGGAAAGGUUGUAGUGGGAGAACAGGUCAGGUGGAAUACAUAUUUAACACUGUUGCCUGCAGUACAGUAUCUUUCUACUUUGUGUUUUUUCUUGUCUUCGUGAAACUGUUCAGAAUGGUUUAAAAAAAUAUGAAGUCCAGAAAGCAAUAAUAGCACUAUGAGGAGGAUAGAUUGCUGUUCACCAUAUGGAGGAGCUAUUGAGUCACAUAUGGACAUAAUGGAAAAAUCCUGUUAAUAUUUAAGCUUUUGGAGUGAAAAGUCCUUCUUCUGAAAAUGGACACAGACAUACGGCCACAACUCACACACACACACACACACACACACACACACACACACACACACAUAUGGCCACUGUCUACGGGCACCAGUGCCAAGGAUGUGUGUGUGUGUGUGUGUGUGUGUGUGUGUGUGUGUGUGUGUUCUAUUUUGGAAGAAUGACUUUUUUGUUUGAAAGCUUAGAUACUUAGCAGUCUGUUUCAUUGUGACUGAAUGAUUCCCCUAUAUGGUGAGUAGUAAUCUGUCCUUUACGUAUUGUUGUUCUGAGUGGUUUCAUUUACUUAACUCCUUAUAUUCCUAUUUUUCCUUGUGGAAACUCUGGAUUGUGUAAACUGUAUUUUUAACUGUAGUUUUUUAAUAUUAUUUGGAUGUGACACAUUAAUUUUUGUCUGUUGUUUUUAUAAGUGAAAUCACAUGUUUGAAGAUUAUGUAGUAGUGUACAAAGAAUUAAUUGGAGAUAUUUUCAGUCAGGGCUGAGAAUGGGAAGAGAAUUUCAGGAACUGAUUCCACUUAGCAAUUACUGUGAUGUUAAAGAUUAUAUUACAUAGUGAAAAACUAAUUUUAUUACAUCUUUUGUUUGCUUACUAUGCUACAUAUUUUGUGAAGAUCAUUGCCUCUGCUCGUAACUGAAGUCUUUCACAGGCAGAAAAAUUUGUAAAAUAUUUUUACAAAUUUGUAUUGCUUGUUGUUUAAUUGAGCUGCAGACUAUGAAUAUUUAUGGUUUCAGAAUUUAAGAACAGAAUACCUAAUCUUCUGUGUCAAAAUCUAUAUAUUAAUAUUUUUAAAGAAGUCUUUAUAAUAUAGUGUUUUUCACCAAGGGAAGCACAUUGGAGGAAAACUGCGAAAAAAAAACACAUUGAUCAACAGAAGUGUAAAUAUUUUCAACUGUUUUCCACUUUUAUAGAGAAAUUUUGAGAAGUGAAACAUGUCAGUAUUGAGCAAUAUUAAUAUUUCACAUUUAAUCAAACAAUGGAAAAUCCAGGAUGGAUUUCACAUUUAAUGUAUAUUUCAGUAGUUGACUUGCUUUUUCAGGAGGGGGGGGGGAGGGGUAUCUGUCUUUGAAUCAUUGAGAAAUUAAAUUAUUUGGUUUGUUUUCGUCAGACAUGAAGUACUUCUGGUUCCUCAUGAAAAACAGAGGUCAAACUAUGAAGAAUUUUGUGUGUGAUCAUAACUAGAAACUUAGAAUUUCUAAACAGUUGCAUUUAAGAUGCAACAUGUGAUAUUAUUAUUAUUAUAAUUAUUAAUUACUCUGUUCAAGUACAUAUGUGUGUAUAAAUCAGAUACCUGUUUCAUGCUAAAAACUGAUAAAUCAUGAAGGAAAGACUAGUGAAAUAAAUAAAGGGCUAAAUGCAAAUUGGAAAAUAGGUUUAAUAAGAUCUUUUUUUUUACACCAGAAUAAAUCUCUACAGUGCAGGUAUAGAAUUUGGUAUUUGUCAACACAAGAUUUCUGUGAAAUGCAUGUAAGAGGAGAAGUAGCAUUUUUGGGUACUUACGUCAAUACCAGUAAAAAGAAAAUUGUAAAUGAUAUUUGAGCAGCAUUGGUGGUACACAGUUGUUUGCAGACCAUCAUCAAUAUACUGUAGCUCACAGUAAGUUUUUGCUUAGAAAUGUGAUAUUUGGUGCUUCAGAGGGUAAUAUAAAGUAGGACCAGUCAGUCAAUAUUCUUACUUGUUCUCUUUUCUCUCAUAUUUUCAUUUUGCCGCACUGCUCAUAUUGUAUCUCAAAUAAUUCCAGAAUGGAAUGCAGUUCUUCCAGGUGGAGGUGAGCUUCUGCAAUGUUCACCACAUGUUUAACACAAUAAUAUUUACAACUUGCUGCAGGAGAUAAAUAAGGUAGCUAUUUGUAACAGUCUUUUGCAGGAAACAGGCCACAAAUUUUACAUGUAGUUUCCUUGGUUGUGGAAGUUACUUGAUGGGCACUGUGUGACAGUGAUAAAUUGGAACUUGGGCAACUGGUCACAUGAGUGCUCUAUGAGUAACAUAGGAGGCUCACUGAAACUGUACCAAGAAGAAUCAGUUCACUAGAUUUCAUAAUUAUACAAAACACUGAUUGUUUAAGGUAUAGGUUGGACAGAAAAGAAAACUCUUCUGGUAUGUGAUAACAUGUGUUUCUGUUAUAUUUUUAUAUACUGCAGUAUUGCUUGUAUAAUAGAAGAUUUUAUAUAAAAAAUGUGGUUGGUAACAGAGAAUUUAUUUAGAACUUUUGUGCUGACCACUAACAUUUGAAGUUUCCUCUUAUAAUAUUUUGAUUAUUCCCAGCUUUGGGAAAACUGGUUAUUUAUUGAACAAUAAUUCACCUCUCUCUUCAGUCAUAUGGAACUGAUAGAGCUGUUGUAAAUUCUGUAAAAUAAGAAAAGGUGCCUCAGACUGUUAGAUGUAUACAUGUGCUUAUAUGAUUUUUUCCCACAGUAUUAAUACAGUCAAAUAAAUAUAUGCUUGACUAA